AAAAAACUAAAUGUUUAUUUAAACAAAUAUGCUUUUAGAUAAUAGAAAUUCUGAUUUUUUUAAAAUUAAGCAUGAUGAGAAUUCAUCAAACUCGAUUUAAAUCACGAAUGUGAGAUCUUAAAAGACAGAUAUAAAGCUAUAGUAGAACUAAGAGUAAGAUUAAUAGUAGGAAACCAGAAAAAGCAAGUUAAUUAUUUAGGGACUUAGCUUUAAUGGAUCAGAAACAUUUAGAGACGGUUCGUAAGCUUUUAAUAAAAGCUUAAAUCCUUACGCAAGAGACGAUAAAGAUUCAUCGGUUCAAAAUGGUGAUUAAGAUUAAUGCUCAGAUAUGAGUCCAAUAGAUAAUAUGACUGAUAGGCUAGGGCUAAUUGUUGAUAUUCAUUCUUAAAAAAUUAAUGAAUAAAGAUUAUAAGCAAAUAAGGAAAAAAAAAGACAAUCAACUAAUUAUGUUGUAAAGUAAAAUGAAUAAUAAGCAUCUAAUAGAGUUAAAUAAAUUAACAAGCAAAAGAAAAAAAUCAAGUCAAUCUUUCAUAAAAUAAAGCUGUCAAUGAAUAUCAAAUUUUUUGUUUAGAAAUUGCUUCUAUUAAUUUAUAAAAAGCAGUAUAUAAUUUUUUAAAAUAACCCCUAAUACCAGUAAAUAAUCAUAGAUAAAUCCUCAUCAUAUUAUGACUCAAGCAGUCAAAAAUUUAAGUUUUCAGAAUCAGUAAAUUAAAACUAACAAGGUAUAUUUGCAAAUCAAUUUUAUCAAAAUGCUUCAUAUUAUGAUAUACUAAUUAGCAAGUUAAAGCUAAAGGAAAAGCUACUACUAAUAAUAGAUAAAUUCCCUGUUUUUUUACCUUUUUCUAUCAAUAGAAUGAUUUGGGAUACUUUAUAGCUGGUAAUGCUGUCCUUCUAUUUUAUUUUAAUACCUCUUUAGAUAGCAUUUAGCAAUUUUAUAGCAAACGUUGAAUAUACUCUAAUAGUAGCUAUCCUAUUUUUUAUUUUUAUAUGUUUGGACAUUUUAGUUAUUUGUAAUACAAGUUUAUUUCUAUAAGGCAAAUUAAUUGAAAACAGGUUACAGAUCUUCUAAAAUUAUAAAAAGAAAGGCUUUUAAAAAGAUAUCAUCACAAUCUUACCUUUAUUGUUUCUUAUUAUAAUAAGUCAAACAAGUUCCUACGAAUAAUAAAAACGAUUUUUUGAUUCCUUUUUAAUCCUUUUCUAUUGGAGAUUUUAAAAUUGCAGGAGCUUUCUCAAAAAAAUAGAAAUAAGAUUACACUUUUCUCCUGUAAUUAGCUAGGUUUUAAAAUUGGCUAAACUAUUAUUUUUGAAUCUUUACAUAAUUCAUUGUUUAGCUUGUAUCUGGAUUAUGAUCGCUGACAAAAAUAUAAACAUAUCAUGGAUGUCGAUACUUUCCAUUUCGGAUUCAGUAUGGUACAUCUAAUAUCUUUGUUCAUUUUAUUUUAAUACUGUAACAAUGGUCACUGUUGGCUAUGGUGAUCUCACUCCUUAAAAUCAUUAGGAAAGGUUUUUAAGUAUAAUAACUGUCCUUUCAGCUUGUGGGGUAUUUGCUUAUUCAAUCACAGAGGUUGGAAGUAUCUUUAAAGAAAUCCAAUUUUAUAAGAAAUAAAUAAAAUAAAAUAUUUUUAUUAUCAACAAUUACAUGAAGAAAAAAAAUAUUUCCCAUGAGCUUUAGUACUAAGUGAGAGAUUAUUUAGAGUACUUUUGGAACGAAAGCAAAUACUAAGACAUAGAAGCUGAAAAAAAAAUAAUAAAUUAAUUAUCCAAUAAUUUGAAAGAGAGCCUAAUGAUAGAAGCUAAUCGAGCAUUUAUACUUUAAUCUCCUAUUUUUAAUGACAACUUUACUCUCAAAACGAUUCUUAAAAUAAUACCUUUAAUAAAAGAAUAAAAAUAUAAUCCUGAAGAGGUUAUUUACUUUUAAGAUGAAACAGAAGAUACAUCUCUUUAUUUUAUUGAGAAAGGAUAAGUUGAAAUAUUUUAAGCCUCUUAGAACAUGUCUCAAUAAUCUUAGUCUUUUAUAGCACUAAAAACAGGAUCAUUUUUUGGAGAGAACGAAUUUUUUACUGGAUAGCCUAGAAAAUAAAGCUUUAGGAGUAUAGAAUUUACAACACUAUUAAAAAUUGAAAGAGAAAAAUUUUUAUAGAUUAUAAAAGAAGAUAAUGGCGAUUAUGAAAGGUACUGUUUAAUUCGCGACAGCAUUUUAAAUAAGUAUAAUAUAAAAAGCAUCACUCGUAAGUGUUAGCUUUGCGAAGGAGUUUCUAGCUAAAACCCUAACCACUUAGAAUAAAAUUGCCCAAUUGUUCAUUUUAUUCCUAACUUUAUUAAGAUACAAGCUAGGUUUUCUAACAAUUAAUCUUAAUCAAUUAGGCAGAACUUUAAAAGACAUCAAAGCUAAUAUGAAACUUUGAAGAAUUUAUUUCGCUCUAGCUAAGAUUAAAUUUGCUUUUAUUCUAAGAAUUUAAAGUAAAUUAACGACUAUGUCUAAAAUUAUUGCCAAAGGUUUAAUCUACUUCAAGAGUUAGAUUAAAAUUAAUAUGGAGAUUAAUUGUAAAUUUUUAAUAAUAUAAAAUAAAAUACCUUUGAAAAUACACAGACAUAUUUAAACACAAAUAUUUCGUAUUCUUCAGAGGAAUCAUCUGAUGAAAGUUAUUCCUCUGAAAUUAAGUCGAGCUAUAAAAAGUCUUCUCUAAGUUCCUCAAAUAAUUCUUUCACUAUGAGAGCAAAAUAAAAAAAGAGAACUCAGCUUCAUCCAGAAGUACAAAUAAUUAAAGAAGAAAUUCAGCAAGGAUAUGUAACUCAGAUUAAAAAUUAAGUACAGCCUUCUGCAUUUUCAAGACAUAUUUAAUAGAAAAAAUCAGAAAACUCUUCUGAAAACAGUGCUUCUAAAAGCGAAUCGUCUUCUUUAGAUUAACAAGAGUCCUCAUUAGAUAAAUCAUUAUCGAUUAAAGAUAUCAUCUCGUAAAAUGAAUUUUUUACUAUGAGAGAUAUCCUGUAGGAUCCUAAAAUACCCUCGAUUUAGCACCUCAGCCUUGAAGAGCAAAAUAAAAAUAAAAUAAAAAGAAGUUAAGUCAAUUAAAUUCAAAGCUUUUAGGCUAACUCUUUGAAGCUAGUUUAGUAAAAGAACUGCACUUCUUUACAAAAUACAAAUUUUUCAUAAUCAAGCAAUAAUCAAAAUCUUACUUUUAAAAAAUUAAGUUCAGAUAUUUCUUCUCAAGAUUUUUUAAAUGUAAAAGAGCUUUUAAAAAAUAGAAUGAAUUAAAAAUUUACGACAGACCAAGAAAUAUAACCAAAAAAAAUUGAAUAAGAUAUAAAAAAUGCUGAAUUAGCUAUUUAAGAAGAAUUUGAACUUGAAAACUCUUAAAGAAAAAGAAGUCAUUCUUUAAGUGCCCAAAAUAAUUUUGAGGACAUACUUUUUAAUGAUAUAAACUAAAAUUUAACUAAUGAGUAAGCCAAAUAGAUAUCUAAUUAAUAAAGGAUUAAGAUUAACUAAAAAAAUCACUUAAAUAUUCUUAGAAGAGGUAGUCAUCAAAUUUAAAAAUAAAAUUCAUAAAGGUAAAUAAGCCAAACUAAUUAUAAUUUCAAUGGAAAUAGCCAAUUAAAGAUAAUAUCGAACUCUAGCAACAAAAUUUAACCAAAUUUUGGAAACACAUAAAAGAAUAACUCACAAAAUAAUUUAUCUUCUUAAAAUUAGAGUUUACUCUAAGACAUCAAAAAAAUAAUAGAGACUUAAAUUGAUUAGGUUUCCCAAAAUAUAAAAAGCAUUAGAGAUUGCUUUGAAAAAAAAGAAAAUGAUGAACACAAUUCUCAAUAAUCGCUGAAAAUUGACAUUAAUAAUAUUGAAUUUACAAAUUUAGAAGACUUAGAUAGAAUGAAGCUUUAUGAAAUUUACUUUGUCCACAAUAAUUAUGAUAAAGUUAUUUUGCAUUAAAAUUAAAUUCAUAAGCUCUUAACUAAGUAAAAGGAUUAAAAUUAAGACGUUAAGUAAAAUAAUUCAAACUCAAUAAAAAUUACAAGCUAGUUUAGACAUAGUACUAUUUUUAAGUAGAGAAUCUAACAGUCAUAGAAUAUAAGAAAUAGCUAAUUGCUCUUUGCAAGUAACUUAAAUUACAGCAAUUUAAGUAAAUUGCAAAACUUAAGAAACGACUUUUCAAAAAAGACUAUUAUUUUGGAGAAAAACAAAAGCUUUGAGAAUUUUUCUGAUCAAUAAUUGAGUAAAAAUAAAUUAUAAAACAUGCUUGAAAUCAAACAAAAUAAAGUUAAUUCUCCAAGUAAUUAUCAAGAAACACUUACAAGCAAUUUAGGAAAAAAAGCUCAUGGUUAAAGUCAACUUGAAAAAGAGGAAAGUAAAAAUAGCACAAGUAAUAAAUAAAUUUCUUAAAAUGAGAGCACUUUUAGCGCAAAAGUAGAUUUAAUUAUCAGCGAAUCUCUUUGUCUGCAAAAUACAAUGAGUUAGCAAAAAUAAACAAAGUAAAUUUAACUAAAUAGGAGUUAAUUUUACUCACCUUAAGUGAGAGCAUAAAAAUUUUAUUAAAAGUCAGUCUAAUCAAUAGAGUACCUUGAAUGAAUUUCAACAUUCUAAUUAUGAUAAAGCCUCAUUAGAUUAACCUUGUUUCUUUAAUAUAACCAAAAAAAAGAAAAUAAAAAUUUUACAAAUUGAGAAUUAUUAUUGUAAAUAAAUUUUGUCUUGAAUUUACUGGCUCUGUUAUCAAAUUAUCUAAAUGUUUAUUAAUGAUUUUUCCUUAAAUUAUAAAUCAUAAUCAACUUUUGAAAUUACAUUAAAUCCUCAG